ACGGUCAUUCCUGUGUUUUUUUUCUGUGUUUUGCAAUUAUCUGUUUUACACUUAUAUUCCUAUUAAAAUUUUCCGUUUUUCUUAUUCCUACGUCUUCUCAAAUUGUUGCACAAUGAGAAAACGCUACUAAUAUUUUUUAUACGUUUAUGCUGUACCAACCCAAUCAUAUGUUCAUUAUUUUAGUAUGAUAACCAGGAAUCGUCGAACCUCAGCGAAAAAAACCUGUUCAUCAUCAGCUCGAGUGUUCAACGACCUUUGCCCUCCAUCCCAAAAUCUCACCGGCACCAGCAAAGGCAGCCAUGGAUCCAGCCACCACCGAGCUGCGGUUCGACACGCCGCUCCUCCGCAUCUACAACGACGGCCGCGUGGAGCGCCUCUUCGGCACGGAAACCACACCGGCGGGCUUCGACGGCGCCACCGGGGUCACCUCCAAGGACGUCGUCAUCGACGACGCCACCGGCGUCUCUGCCCGCCUCUACAUCCCCGACCUCCCCGCCUCCGGCCCCGGUCAUCACCGCAAGAAGCUACCCAUCGUCGUCUACUUCCACGGCGGCGGCAUGGUCCUCGACUCGGCCGCCUCCCCGACGUACCACAGGUACCUCAACUCCCUCGUCUCCAAGGCCGGCGCCCUCGCCGUGUCCGUCAACUACCGGCUUGCCCCGGAGCACCCGCUUCCGGCGGCGUACGACGACGCCUGGGCCGCACUCAGCUGGACCGCGUCAGCUGCCGACCCAUGGCUGUCGGAGCACGGUGACGUCGGCCGUGUCUUCUUGGCCGGUGACAGCGGCGGCGCCAACGUCGUCCACAACGUAGCAAUCAUGGCCGGCGCCGGCCAAUCUAGCCUACCCCCAGGAGCAACAGUGGAAGGUGUGAUCAUACUGCAUCCCAUGUUUUCCGGCAAGGAGCCGAUCGACGGCGAGAACGCGGAGACGAGGGAGCUGACGGAGAAGCUCUGGCCCCUGAUAUGUGCAGACGCAGAGGCUGGGCUCGAUGACCCGAGGCUGAACCCCAUGGCAGAAGGAGCUCCGAGCUUGCAGAAGCUGGGAUGCCGGAAGCUGCUCGUCUGCUCGGCCGAGAGCGACAUUGUGCUGGCGAGGGCGGCGGCGUACUACCAGGCAGUGAUGGCGAGCGGGUGGCCCGGCAUGGCUGAGUGGCUGGAGUCCAAGGGAGAGGAGCACGUGUUCUUCCUCAACAAGCCGGAUUGCGAGGAGUCUGUGGCGCUCAUGGACAGGGUAGUCGCCUUCCUCGCGGGUAAUUGAUGAAAGGGAUCGGAUGAAAUCAAAACUGUUCUUGCUUAUCGCAAGCACAUAAAUUUGAUCGUGAAUAAUGGGAGAUUGGGGGGAGAAAGGGAUGGGAUUUUCCUCUUGUUCUCUGCAACCACUAGUUCAAGAAAGAUGCGCUAAAUCGGAUCAAGUUCAGGCUUUGUUAGCUGUGGUUGUUAAGCUCUAAGAUGAAAUUCAUGAGGUGUUUAAUAGAAGGUGAAACUGAAAGCGUGUACUGGGUAUGAUGAUUUAUUGUGAGGUAAGUUCGGUGUGAAAUAUGGAACAUGAUUUAACUGUAUUCGCUAUUCUUGAAUAAAUCAUGCUCAGUAAACAAA